GACACCCUCUCCGGCCGAUUCUGGCCAUCACAUAGAAUCUUACCCCAAUCCUACACAACUAAAGAAGAUGAAGAUUCGCUCAAGACGUGUCAAAUCAAAGCUUAAAGGGCUCGCGAGCAGCGGUCAACAAGGACAGGUGUCUCUGACACACCUCGAUCCUGAUGCCCUCCAGAUCAUUGCCGAUAACCUCUCAGUCAAAGAUGCGCUCUCCCUGUCUGUCGCAUGCUGGUCCCUGAGGAAUUUAGGAUUGCGAUCUGCGCUCAGAAAUUACAAUCCUGAAACGUUUUCACCGCGCAAAUUCGUUGCGUUCUGCAACUUCAUCUUCGCCGAUCCUGCGAGAUUGUCCUAUAUUCGCUCCGCGAAGUUGCCGGAAACCAGAUAUUCACACUUAUCGCAACACCGCUUUUCUGCUGCAGCCACCAUGUGGGCAAAAUCUUUAGCUCGUCUUCUCAGUGGCGCCCCUGCUUUGCGAUCGCUAUCAAUGCACAGCUUGGAUAUGAUGAUUUCUAAACAUCCUCCCCUUGCUCUUGACCUUCGUAAUUGCUCCGCUCUACAGCACAUUGAGCUGGCGCAGUUAUCCGCUCAGUCACUUCGACAUAUACCAAACAAUCUAUGCACGUUGCGUCUGGAAGAGAUCUGCGAGAGCAGGGAGGGCCUUUAUUCACUGCUUUCUGCCACUUCAUCACUCCCUCAUCUGCACACCCUUGAAUUGCGCUUUGUCAUCCUAUCAGAUCAUACGCGAGACGAGAUCCCAAUCUACCCUCCCCGGGUAUCCUCGACUGUAAAACACCUCAUCCUCUGGUCAUGCCAACUAUCCCUUAUAUCUUUAGCCCAUGCAUUCCCUGACGUGAGGGUAGCCGAGAUCUAUGAGAUGCGCGAUCGUCAUCUGCUGUCUUGCACGAACCUUUCCGCGCCGUGCCGAUAUAGGUCUCAAUGGAAUCGUCUCAAGAUGAUGCAUACCGACAUCGUGUUUGGUGCCGGCUGUAACCACGUCGUCGGGCCUAUUCGCCACCUCAUACUUUCCAUCACGCGAUACUGGGAUCAGUCCGUGUCAAGGGUGGAGGCAGAGGUCACAAUACCCCAGCAUCAGUACAGAGAACUUUUCAAUCUCUCUGUAGAAUGCUGUCCUCCUCGGCGUACCGACCGGGUUAUCGAGGAGCGGAUGACGUCAGCGCUCCAGACACUUCUACCUCUACAGCUCGAGAGGCUCGAGCUACACUAUAAGAUAGCCAGUGGGGGAAUCCCUCACAGGGAACCAUCACAACGGCCGGACAUUCUGAAGAAGUAUCUCUGUGCAAUUCUCAAAGCUGCGGAGUCGCUGCCUACACUGACCUAUCUGGGUGUGCGGCAGAGAGCCUCCAAUCCUCAGAGAGCUUCCGGGGAGGAUGUGGAUGGUCCCUACAAGCAGACUUGGUGGAGGUUUGAGGAACAGGAUGGAAGGCGAGAGGCUUGCCUUGUACCGAUGGAAGAAUGGAAGUUGCUCGUUGAUGAAUGGGGUAGUGCUUAAAUAUCAGGUAUCCGUGGGCGGAUGUGCGCCAUCGUCGGAAAAUGGCUGCUUUGUUUAGUUUUCAACGGCAUCUCUGGGCUACAGUUGGACCGACCUUUGUCUGCUGGGCGGUUCAUGAUACUCGGCACAUUGUUCCCAGUCAUAUCUGCUGCAAAUAAUGCUAGAUGUAGAACCCGACGCCAGCAUAAACAUUGGAAGAAGCUUUGC